GUGUGUGUGUGUGUGUGUGUGUGUGAAUGUACUACUGUUUGGUCCUCUGAUUGUUGAAGUAUGAUGAAUAUGUGUACAUAUCAGUGGCUCCCUAUGAUGAUAUUUUGUUAUAGUUAUGGAAUUUGACUGUGUGUGUGUGUGUGUGUGUGUGUGUGUGCUUUAUAGUUAUAGGUACAGUACGUGAGUAAUGAUCAGAUAUGUCAUGUGUUAUGUUGUAAAUAAACUUAACCCGUGCAAUGUUGUCUUGUGUUGGCUAUUCAUGCAUGCUGUAAUUACUUUGGUUUCAGUGGGGGGUAACGUUUCACAGGGGGUAGAGCUUCUACUGGUUAGGGCUUCGAGCUUGUAACUGGAGGGUUGCUGGUUCAACCCCCGACCAGUCCACGGCUGAAGUGCCCUUGAGCAAGGCACCUAACCCCUCACUGCUCCCUGAGUGCCACUGUUGGGCAGGCAGCUCAUUGCUUAGUGUUCACUGCAUGCUGUGUGUGUUCACUAAUUCAAGAAUUGGGAUAAACACAGAGACCGAAUCUCCCUCACGGGAUCAAAAAAGUACUGUAUAUAUACUUAUACUUUAUAUACGACCCCCACCCCACAUACACACACACCCAAGAGGACCAUCAUACUCAACUCUGAGUUGAUGUGUGUGUUUGUAUGUGGAGUAGGAGACUGUGUGUGUGUGUGUGUGUGUGUGUGUGUGUGUGUGUGUUUGUUUUAUAGUGUUCAGACUGGUGAAACUAAUAUGACUGUUAUCAUAUCGGUAAUCAUUUGUCUUCUAGGGUGAAUGGUAGUACCUUCCUAAAGGAGAGUCCAGCAGCAGCAGCAGCCUCUGCUAGCAGCUCCCACUCAGAUGCUGCAGAGCUGCACCUCAGAGACAGGGAGGAUCACCACAAGGAUGCCCCACAGAGGAGCUGUGAAUCCUGUGCUCAAGUUCCAGACUCCAGCCACUGGGUCCUGGUGAAACCUGAAGUCUCCACAGAGGAGAGCAUCUCCACCUACAGCCUGAGUUCUCCUGCAGGGAGCUAUGAGUGUCCAGAGUCUGGUCUGCGCUGGACGUGUGCUGGUCCAGUCACCCUGCAGUACCGCUUCACUGAUUGGCAUGUCUUUGCUGAAGAGCUGGCCCACAUGCAGUUCGGACCUGCUGGUCCUCUGAUGGACAUCAGGCUCAUGUCAGGAGAGCUGGAGGAGAUCCACCUGCCACAUUUCCUCUGUUUGGGGGGUUCUGAGGAGUCUGUGUGUGAUGCCGUGAGGGUCCUGCAUGGGCGGGAGAGUGGAGUGUGUGUGGAGGUGUGUGAGCUGACCAGACACCAUGCCAGGCUUGUCCACCCCUCCUUCUCUCUGUUAGGGCUAGUAUAUUACCUGAGGGAUCUGCUUUUUCCCAAAGUCCACUGUGAGCUGCUGCUCUUCUGCACCUGCAUCACUCCCCUGGAACUCCACACCUACCUGGUGCCAAAUGACCCGGCCCACAUCCAGGCCAUCCACAAGAAGGAGAUGGAGAAGAGGGGGGUGUGGAUUGACAAACCCGGCGCUGUGGGCUCGCUUUGGCUGAAGGACACCUUUUGUGUGAGGACAUUGUGUCCAUCUUGUCCUUCGGAAAUCCAACCUAAGAAGAACCUGAACCUGUGGCCGCCUUCCACUAGUAAGUUUUUUGAAGUGUGCAUGAAGCAGCCAGAGGAGGAGUUUGAUAUGGAGGUCAUCAGCUCUCAGCACACAGAGCCCAUCUGGACAGUCACGAUCCGCAGACGCGACUACUGCCAGCCCAGCAGGAGCCCAGGACAGGGCAGCAGCCAGGGGGCAGACACAGUGUCCACUACCAGCACAGAGGAGAUGCCCUCUGGCUCCUCUAGCCCAGUCCAGCCAGCCUCAGGCUCGUCCUCCAUUACGGCUCACACUGGUGGAGUUGCUGUGGCCCCUAAUCUCUCUGGCAACACCUUCUAUGGACCCGUGCACCUGCUGUUAAAUGCUGAUCAAACUCCACCAAAGUGAACGUCUGAAUGUUGCUAAAACUACCCUUCAUCAUGUUGCUGUAAAUGCCAAUCAAAUAAUUCUCCUGUCUAGUAGCACUCAGGUUUCCUAAUUUCACAUUUUUGAAGACCUGAAUUACAGUAAAUUGGAUGUAAUGUUGCUCAAGGCUUAAAGUGGUCAGGCACAGUGUGGGAAUCCAGGAGUGGACAGGGCCGUUAAGGAUUUUUAACAUGAUAAUUAUACAACAGCUUUGAAAAGGUCUUAUUUGCUUCAGCCACAGCAGUUUUCUUUGUUGUCACAAGUUGUAUAGUAUUUCCCAUUUUUAAAGACAAUUAAAUGAACUGCAAUUUAAAGUUCAUACUCAAGGCUUAGCAGAGCUGUUUAAGAUUUGAAAUUGAAAAUAAUGUAAAACAUAUUGUAAUAAAUGUAUAAUAGUUUUGCUUUAGCAGCCUCAUUUUAGGCUGCUGUUUGAAAUAUAGCACGAGUUCCAUAAGGCGUAUUAACAAUGUGUUGUUUUGUUCUGAAACGUUAAAUGGGAAGAUGCAUUUGUGUACCUAAUUACUGUAUUUUAUCAUUUGAUGUAUCUUUGCUGUGAAGGAUGUAUUUACCAGUACUUAUUUUCUCUUUGAAAAAAUCAACAAAUUUCAGAUUUUGCUCUGGGGUGCCCAAACAUUUGUUCAGCAGGCAUUUUAAACUGUAAAGAGCUUUUUUUUAAUCAGUGGACUUUUUAGCAAUGAGAUCCAUUACCAUCAGAUACAGUCCCCUCUAAAAGUAUUGGAACACAUGCUAAAGUUGACCAUAUAAAGUCAGUCAAAGAUCAAAAGAAAUUGAUCUUAAAAAAAAUAAAAGGAAAUAGU